UAUAACUAUUACUCCAAAAAGGAAUCUUACCUACCAAAAAUUUUUUUUCUCCAGAAUCAUGAAAAAUUCCUAAUCCCUGGGUCCAAUUUUCAAUAUCACUUUUGAUAUUUUAUUUGAUAUUUAAAUUUAUGAACAAUUAUGCUUGCUGCGAGAAGAAGUGGGGGGGGGGGGGGCGGGUUGGCCCCUCCCUGAAUGGGGGGGGGGGUGGCCCCUCCCAGAUGCUAUAUGCCUAAUGGUUAGGACUAACUUUGCAAAAGCCCCCAGCCCCCUGCUUCCAACACCUAUGCAAUGAUUCUAGUGUUCUUAAUCUAAAACAUGCAUGUUCUUUUCUACAGCCUACAGAUCUUUUAAAGAAGAUAUAUGAGCAUUUUACCAUGGAAUGCAAGCAGGGGAGGGUGAAGAAUAUCAAAAACCCUUUGAAAAGACUCUCACUCGCAACUGGAAUAUCUGAGAAUACUCUAAAGAGAAAAGUUAUGCAAGACCCAGUUGAUAUGGUGGUGGAGGAUUUGCAAGUCCCUGCUCCAAAGAAGAAACCUGGACCCGAUAGGAAGCUGGAUGACUUCGAUGCAGACCUGGUGAAGAGGACCAUCCAUGACAUGCAGUUGAAGGGCCAGUACGUUUCAUUGCGCCAACUGUCGGAUGUUCUGGUAGAAAAGGAAGUCAGGCUCUUCAAGUCUUCAUUGGGGAGACUCGUGAAGGAUCUUGGGUUCAGGUAAGCACAUUAAGACAAAUCACUUUGUCAUGACGUAAAACUGAAGAGUCAUAUGCACUCUAG